GUUAUGAUGAGCAGUUAAUCAAAAAGACAACACUGUCCAGAGAAUAGUGAUUAUCCAUUUACUUUGAAAACAUCAAUUUAUUGGAGAAACAAAUGUGAACAGUAUGUUAACAGUUGAUUACCCUGAACUUUAAGUAUAAUUCAACUGAAAAACCAAUAACAAAAAUGAAUAAUAAUUAAAAAAUAAUUGUUUUAUUUCGAUUACGUUGUUUUCAUAAUUGCGAUUAAAAUACGAUUAAUUCAAAUGCGAGCUGAUCCUGAUCUUUGAUUUGUAGCUUUCCCACAAUGUUCACUUCAGAGUCUUGGUUCUUAUGUCAGUUACUUUUAAACUGUGUAAAAACCAUCCAACUCGUAAGUCAUGUUUUUAGAUUUUUCAUUUAAGAUGCAUCCUGUGAAAACUGUCGUAUGUGGGUCUCUGGAUAAACUGACCUGCCAACAAAAUGCACUUUUCCCUCUUAUGUUGCUGGUCGACCUGUCAGAGUACGUCAGUGUCACCUCGCCGGCGCCGGCCUCCACGGUGGCUCUGACCCAGAGGCAGCCGCCCAAACCGCCUCCUGUCAGAACUAGAGUGCCGGCCGAGCAGUUAGUUAAAAACCAGGCCGAGACAGACAGACCAGGUGCCAGAGUCGUUGUGUCCCGCUCCUUCGCUGACUUCACCUCUCAGGCCAGCUUUGACAUCAAGGAAUGCGAGCUGCACCGGCUGGAGGAGGGCCCCCCCCUGAAGGCGGAGCUGACGCGGGAGCAGGGCCUGCAGUAUUACCGCGUCAUGCAGACGGUGAGACGCAUGGAGCUGAAAGCUGACCAGCUGUACAAACAGAAGAUCAUCAGAGGCUUCUGCCACCUGUACGACGGACAGGAAGCGUGUGCGGUGGGCAUCGAGUCGGGCAUCAACCCCUCGGACCACCUGAUCACUGCGUACCGCGCUCACGGCUACACGUACACCCGCGGUAUCGCCGUCAAAGAGAUCCUGGCAGAGCUCACAGGUCGUAGAGGCGGCGUGGCCAAAGGGAAGGGAGGCUCCAUGCACAUGUACGCGCCAAAUUUCUAUGGAGGCAACGGCAUUGUGGGAGCACAGGUUCCUUUAGGAGCUGGCAUUGCUCUGGCCUGUCAGUACAAGGGCAACAACCAGGUGUGUGUUUCUCUGUACGGAGACGGGGCGGCCAACCAGGGCCAGCUGUAUGAGGCUUUCAACAUGGCCGCCCUCUGGAAGCUCCCGUGCAUCUUCGUCUGUGAGAAUAAUAAAUACGGGAUGGGGACGUCUGUGGAGAGGGCUUCAGCGAGCACAGAGUACUACAAGAGAGGAGACUACAUCCCAGGAAUCAGAGUGGAUGGGAUGGACGUCUUGUGUGUCAGAGAAGCCACCAAGUUUGCUGCAGACCACUGCAGAGCUGGAAAGGGUCCCAUUAUAAUGGAGCUUCAGACCUACCGUUACCAUGGACACAGCAUGAGUGACCCCGGUGUCAGCUACCGCACCCGUGACGAGAUUCAGGAAGUGCGCAGUAAGAGCGACCCCAUCACCAUGCUGAAGGAGCGCAUGCUCACCAACAACAUGGCCUCUGUGGAGGAGUUCAAGGAAAUUGACAUUGCGAUCCGUAAGGAGGUGGAGGAGGCGGCUCUGUAUGCGACCUCAGACCCCGAGCCCCCUCUGGAGGAACUCUGCAACCACAUCUUCAGCAACGACGUCCCGCUGGAGGUCCGUGGGACGAACCCCUGGGUCACUCUCAAGUCUGUCAGCUAGACUCACACACCAACAUCUUAACCUGUCACCCAGUGCUCAACACUGCACCUUUCCUCGAUUUUGCAAUCAUUUCGCACCUUAACGGGACUUUGACCUGAAACCUGCCAGUGUUAUUUAUUUAUAGUUUUAUAUAGAUAUAUUUAAGAUGUAUUGUAUGUCUGAACAGCCUGUUUGUGUUGUGCAUGAUUUGCAGGUUUUAACUCAUUCAGGACUGAACAUUAUACUACGCACAAAACGUAGCUUCCUCUUUCCACCCCAUCCACAUUUUAUUAGCACUUUUGUUGUUUUCCAACGUUUGAAAUGUUCAGAACUGGGAUUCUGCCUCAUGGGACGCCAAGAAUCUAGCUGCAACUUGGAGAAAAACAAUCAUGAAUAUUUAAGUUUUGGUUUAAGGAAUCGAUCUCUAUUUUCUUUUGACUUUCAGACUUGUUUUAGUUGAAGGUAUUUUUAAGAGACUGCGGGAAAGGAAUCAGUUUGUUUUGGCAAGCUGGAAACACUAAAGGGCAAGAUAAGCAAAGUGGUAAGUACAUUUACUCUAAUACUGUACUUAAGAACGAUUAUGAUAUACUUUAAUCUAUCAUAUAGUUGACUUUAUACUUCACUAUAGUUCAGAGGGAAUUGUGUACUUUUUCUUCUGCUACAUUUAUUAGAUACAAAUCGUAGUAUUCAUUACAAAUUAAGCUACGAAAUAUAUAUAUAUGUAAAUAUUACAGUUCUAUAAUGGGGCAAUAAUGAUUACUUUAAAUGUUUAGUACUUUCAUUUACAUUUUGAUGUUUAAAAUGAAGUAGAAUUUUCAAUGCAGCACUUUAAUUUCUACACUGGUAUUACUACUUUUACUAAAGUAAAACAUCCAACCGCUUUUUAGCGGGAUAUUGAAAAGUGUUUAUUUUGAGUUGCAGGAAUUUACCUUAGUUCUGAAUACUAAGAUGACUGUUGAUCAGUGCAUUUAGGUCAUAAACUAAAUAUUUAUUAAAGGUUUUAUCCAGAGUGACCAGCAACUCUCAAUGUUUACCAGCCACUUCCCUGGAGAACUUUCCAAGAAAUCACUACAUACCUGUCUGUGAAAAAAUGUAUGAUAUAAAACGUACUUUAGCUUGUUGGUGAAGAACGCUUGGAGAGAAUUCUUUCUCCGUAGGAAGAUGGAUGCACUGCAAUAUAUUAUUUUACAGUCUUUUGUUUAGAGAAUUAUGUGACUGCUACAUGUAAAGAUGCACUUAAGAUUUUAAGGUUAUUUGUUUAUUCUUGCUCUUGGGAAAAUCAUCUGAAAGGAAAAACAGCAACAACAUUUACCAGAAUGUUCUUUUUCAUGUACCGCUGUCCUUUAUUAGAAGUGUUACUGUUACUCAACCUGUACACAUACAAAGCUUUACUCUGACUGUGUUGAACUGAAAGACUGGCUGUAAAAUAAAUGCAAAAAGAAAGUAUGAAUAUAAA